GGCCCCCAUUCUGGUUUUUGACAUUUUCGCGUCUCGAGUCUCGACAAAGAACCACCAGCCGCAAAUUUGCAAGUUGCCUGCCACUGGCACGGAGAUGUCAGUUCAUUCAAUGCUAUUCUUCCGAGCGCCGCUCGGAGGCUCGGUGCGGCCGGGUCUUGUGGCGAAGGAUUCUAGGCUUUCUAUCCGUACAACGGCUGGACCCUCGUCUUUCGACUUCCGGCAGCAGAAUCUCCCAUACAAUCCAUUAUCCGACUCCCGAAUCUCAGCGAUACGAGACCGAAGAUGCUCGCCACCCCGGUUCACCGACGUUCAAUCCGCGAACCGGCCUUCGUCUUCGAGGUCAGAAGAAGUCGACGGGGUAUUGAAACUCUUAAUAUAAUACCAAGAAAUUCCCCCUUCCCUUUGCAGUUAUUCUCUCCAAGCUUCACAACACAACAAAACAUUGUCCUCUAAGCAGUCACCCAGGCCGUACAACAUACAACAUGACGACCACCACGAACAGUAAUGGUACCAAUGGUACCAACGGUACCACACAUGCCAACGGCACCAACGGCAUGAACGGACAUAGCAACGGUACCAACGGGUACACCAACGGUACUAACGGUACCAACGGCCAUAGCAAUGGUACUAACGGAUACACCAACGGUACUGACGGAUACACCAACGGUACUAACGGAUACGCCAACGGUACUAACGGAUACGCCAACGGUACUAACGGAUACACCAACGGCCAUACCAACGGUGACUCGCAUGUCAAUGGUACAAACGGUACCAACGGCCUGGACGCGGACAACAUCAACAUCAACACCAACGACAAGGCCAUCCCCAUAGCCAUCUGCGGUAUGGGCCUUCGGCUCCCCGGCGGAGUGUCGACGCCCCAGGAGUUCUGGGAAUUCCUCGUCAACAAGGGCGACGGAAGAGUUCGGGUCCCAGAGAGCCGUUACAACGUGUCAGCCUACCACGAAACCACAAAACGGCCAUCAACCGUGGCCACGGAGUAUGGCUACUUCCUGGGCGAAGACGUAAAGCUCGGUGCCAUGGACACAAGUCGCUUCUCUAUGAGCCGUACCGAGGUGGAGUAUGCGGACCCUCAGCAGCGGCGGUUGUUGGAAGUUGUUACAGAGGCCCUUGAGGACGCCGGAGAGGCCAAGUUCAGAGGCAAGAAGAUUGGAUGCUACUUCGGUAACAUGAACGAAGACUGGGGCGAGAUGAUGAACAGAGACCCUCUGUGGCAUGGCCCCAAUAAGAUUGAUGGUUAUCAAGACUGGAUGCUUGCCAACCGUAUCUCUUACGAGUUUGGUCUGACCGGACCAAGCAUGACUAUCCGCACCGCCUGUUCAUCAGCUCUGACUUGUCUCAACGAGGCCUGCCAAGCCAUUCAACGCGGCAUCUGCGACGGUGCCAUUGUCGCCGGUGGUAACUUGAUGCUGGCCCCCGGCGCGACACAACAGAUGACUGAGAAGGGCAUCUUGUCUCCCGAGGGCUCUUGCAAGACCUUCUCUGCCGAUGCAGACGGAUAUGCCCGUGGUGAGGCCUUCACGGCUGUCUUCGUGAAGCCUCUCGAUGCCGCUAUUCGAGAUGGCAACCCCAUCCGGGCCGUCAUCAGGGCCGCCGUGGCAAACUCCGACGGCAAGACCCAAGGUAUCACCCAGCCGAAUGGGUCUGCCCAUGAGCGGAUGAUCCGUCUGGCCUAUGAGAAGGCUGGCAUCUCGGAUUUCUCCAAGACGGCUUUCUUCGAGUGCCACGGAACUGGCACCGCCGUUGGCGACCCCAUCGAGACCGGCGCCGUAGCCAACGUCUUCGGAGACGAAGGCAUUCACAUCACCUCCGUGAAGCCCAACGUCGGCCACACCGAAGGCGCCUCCGGUCUGGUGUCGCUGAUCAAGGCCGUCAUGUCCCUCGAGCACCGCACCAUCCCUCCCAACAUCAAGUUCAACGUCCCGAACCCCAAGAUCCCCUUCGUGGAGCGAAAGCUCACUGUUCCCGUCGAGCCCACCCCGUUCCCCGAGGACCGCGCCGAGCGUGUCAGCGUCAACAGCUUCGGUCUCGGCGGUUCCAACGCCCACGUCAUCGUCGACUCGGCCAGGAGCUUCAACCUCCCCAAGCCCGCGCCACGGGACAGCGACCGCGAGUCCGACCCCCAGCUUCUUCUCUUCUCGGCCUCUUCUGCCCCGUCGCUGAAGAACACCAUCGCCGGUUACGAGAACUGGAUCGCGAAGAACCCCGCCAUGGCCGACAAGCUCCCCGAUCUCGCCUACACCCUCGCCAACAGGCGUGAGCACCUCGCCCACCGCUCCUUCAAGAUCGUCGGUAACAACGACCUCCCGGCCUCGCAGGGCAGGAAGAUCCCCGGUCAGCCCGUGAGCCUGGUCAUGGUCUUCACCGGCCAAGGCGCACAGUGGCCCCGCAUGGGCCGCGAGCUGCUCCUCCGCGACGAUCUCGUCUUCCAGAAGACCAUCCAGAAGCUCGACAAGUACCUCGAGGAGAUUGCCGACCCCCCGGCAUGGACCAUUGAGGGAGAACUGCAAAAGUCCGCCAGGACCUCGCGUGUCCAGCUGGCCGAGCUCUCGCAGCCGCUGUGCACCGCCGUGCAGAUCGGCCUCGUCGACCUCCUGGCCAGCAUCGGCGUUGAGCCCGAGGCCGUCGUCGGCCACAGCAGUGGUGAACUUGCCGCCGCCUACGCCGCCGGUGCCCUGACCGCCAAGGAGGCCAUGAUCGGCGCCUACCAGCGUGGCCAGGCCGCCAAGCUCCAGAACAGGAAGGGCGCCAUGGCCGCCGUCGGCCUGAGCUGGGACGACGUCGAGCCGUUCCUGAACCGGCCCCAUGUCGUCAUCGCCUGCGAGAACUCCCCCAAGAGCGUCACUCUCUCCGGCGACGCCGACGAGGUGCAGGCCGCUGUCAACCGCAUCAAGGAGGCGCAUCCUGACAUCACCGCCCGUCUGCUCAAGGUCGAGAAGGCCUACCAUUCGUACCACAUGCAGGAGAUUGGCAACGACUACCAUGCCAUGAUCGAGCCCCACCUCGAGGGCAAGCAGGCCAUCAAGCCUUUCUUCUCCAGCGUCACCGGUACCGGCGUGCCCGAGGAGCGCAAGCUCGACGCCAAGUACUGGCAGCAGAACCUCCAGUCCCCCGUGCUCUUCAGCCCCGCCGUCGCCGGCAUUCUCACGCACUUCAAGAACCCCGCCUUCGUCGAGAUCGGUCCUCACGGUGCCCUCGCCGGCCCCGCGCGACAGAUCUUCGCCAAGGCGUCCGUCUCUCCCCCCUACCUGUCGGCCAUGACCCGUAACGAGGACUGCGUCGAGGCGUAUCUGUCCGCCGUCGGCAAGCUCUUCGAGCUGAACGUCUCGAUCGACUUGGCCGCCGUCGGCCCCGCGGGCGAGACGCUCCCGGAUCUGCCGCGCUACCCCUGGCACUACGAGGGAGAGUUCUGGGCCGAGUCCCGCAUGUCGGCUGAGUGGAGGAACCCCAAGUUCCCCGGGCAUCCGCUCCUGGGACGUCGCCAGUUGGAGAGCACCAGCCUCGAGCCCAGCUGGAGGAAUAUGCUCAACAUUGAGGACGCGCCGUGGAUUCGCGACCACCAGGUCCAGGGCACCGUCGUCUUCCCGGCCGCCGGCUACUUUGCCAUUGCCGGCGAGGCCAUCCGGCAGCUCAGCGGCGUCGAAGCGUCGUACAGCCUGCGCCACGUCGUGCUCAGCCAGGCGCUCAUCCUGCAGGAAGGCGUGGACACCGAGGUGGUUACCAACCUGCGCCCUCACCGCCUGACCGACUCGGCCGACAGCCAGUGGUGGGAGUUCAGCAUCGCUUCCUUCAACGGCCAUUCGUGGGUGAAGCACUGCGUCGGCCAGGUCUCGGCCGUGGCGUCUGCCGAGCCCGUCCAGGUGGGAGAGGUCAAGCCGCUUCCUCGCAAGUUGGACACCUGGAAGGUCUUCAACAUUCUCGCCAAGGCCGGCAUGGGCUACGGACCGGCCUUCCAGCGCCUGGAUCAGAUCACGGCCGGGACCCUGGAGACCAGCGCCGUGAGCAGCGUGACCCGCGCUCUGAACGGAGACGAGAACAAGUACCACCUGCACCCUACCGUCAUCGACGCGGCCCUGCAGAUGGGUCUUGUCGGUGCCCGGUCCGGCAAGCUCGAUGCCAGCAACUGCGCCGCCAUGCCUACCUUGAUCGAGGAGGUGACCAUUUUCAACACCGCCGCCGAGUCGGAGAUGACCGUGGCGGCGUGGACCGAUGUGCAGCCCGGCAGCGGCGAGAUUCGCGGCCACUUCCAGGUCGUUGCCGAUGGCAAGGCCGUGCUGAACAUGCCCAAGGCCGCCUUCACCCCCAUCGAGCAGGGCGACAAGGAUGUCGUGCACAAGCUCCCCAUCACCGGCCGUAUCAACUGGAUGCCUCACAUCGACUUUGUCGACGAUGUCGCUUCUCUCAUCAAGCCCGAGUUCGACGGCGAGAAGUGGACCCCUCUACUGAACGAGCUGGGCGAGCUCUGCUUCAUCUUCUUCCAGAGGUGCAUCGAGGAUGUCAAGCUGUCGGAGAAUCCCACCAUCCAAAAGUUCGCUUCCUGGAUUGGCCGCCAAUUCCAGACCCUCGACAAGGACCACCCGGGGCACGCCCUCGAUAUCCCGCAGAUCGUCGACCGGGCCCAUGCCAUCGGAGAGAUCAUGGCCGGAUCGCCGCUUGCUCCCUGCGCCGACUCGAUCCUGGAGAUUGGCCUGUACAUCGUCGAGCUGCUCACGGGCGAGAAGGAUAUCUUUGAAGUUCUCUCGAACAAUGACCUGCUCACCAGGCUUCUGGCUGCGGCCAACACCGUCAACCGGACGGCCUUCAUCAAGACCCUGGCCCACGCAAGGCCCAGCCUCCGGAUUCUGGAGCUUGGCGGCAGCACCGGACAGAUGACCCCCUCGAUGUUGAAGGACCUGGUCCUCCCCAACGGCGCUUCCCUUUACUUCAAGUACACCUACACGGACCCCUUCUCGACUUCCUUGCCCGACGCGAAGAAGCGCUUCCAGGACGUCGAGAAGAUGGAGUUCCGCGCCCUCGACAUCAGCAAGGACCCGGCCGAGCAGGGAUUCAAGGAAGAGGACAAGUACGACCUGGUCGUCGCGACCAACUUUGUCCACGCCACGCCCAGCCUGUCCGGCUCCCUGGCCAACGUCCGCAAGCUUCUGGCCCCCGGCGGCCGUCUCCUUCUGCAGGAGCUGAACCCGUCCUCCAAGUGGAUCAACUGCAUCCUCGGCUUCCUGGACGACUGGUGGGUCGGCGAGAACGACGGACGCCCCGACGAGCCCUACGUGUCUUCCGAACGCUGGGCAGCCGAGCUGCAGGCCGCCGGCUUCGCUGCGCCGGCCGUGCUCGAUGACGCCCCUGCCCCGCACCAGCUGAGCUCCGUGAUGAUCGCCCAGCCCGAAGAGGACGUCAACCGGACGCCCAACAAGACCGUGACGGUCUUGGCCUACGAGGUGGACGGCAAGAACGUCCAUGUCGUGAGCCAGAAGCUCGAAAGCCUCGGCUACAAUGUGGAGAAGCGUCGCUUCGGCGAUGAGCUGCCGGAAGCAUCUCGGGACGUGAUCAGUCUUCUCGACGAGGAGAAGCCUUUCUUCGAGGACAUCGAUGAGGGGCGCUUCACGACUCUGCAGAAGACCCUCGCCAACAUUGGCGAGAAGGGCAUCUUCUGGGUCACCCGCCCGUCUCAGAUGCAGUCCGCGGACCCGCGGUACGCGACUGUCGUUGGCGCGAUCCGCUCCAUCCGCCACGAGGACACAAUCGACUUUGCCACCUGCGAGGUCGAGGACGUGAAUGCAUCGCUUGACAAGGUCGUUGACGCCUUUGUCCACUUCCAGAACAGACAUGAGGACGAGUUCUUCCGGCCCGACUACGAGUACUCCAUCGUCGACGGCACGAUCAAUGUGCCUCGCUUCUACACCUUCACCUUUGGUGACGAGCGCGCCGCCAGCCGUGCCGCGGAGGAGACUGUGUCUCUUGUGGCCGAGAAGCCGGGCCGCCUGACUUCGCUGACCUGGGAGUCGCACCGGUCCGAGCCCCUGGUUGGAGACCAGGUCGAGGUCGAGGUCUUCUAUGCCGGUCUCAGCUCCAAGGAUGUCGCCGAGGUCAUGGGUAACAGCCCGUACCCUGCCGGAGGUCUUGGUGGAAGCGCCAGUGGCCGCAUCACUGCCGUCGGCCCCGAUGUCAAGGAGUUUGCUGUGGGCGACCGCGUGAUCGGUCUUGGAUCCGGCAGCUUCUCUUCGCACCUGCGCACGUCUGAGGCGCUGGUUGAGAAGAUCCCCGACAGCAUUUCGUUCGAAGAGGCGGCCACUUUGCCUGCUGAGUACGCCACCGCCCUCGCGGCUCUGCACAAUGCCGGCAAUCUGCAGACCGGACAGUCUGUUCUGAUUCACAAUGCCACUGGUGGGGUUGGCUUGGCUGCCGUGCAGCUUGCCAAGGCCUCCAGGGCGGAUAUUUAUGCCACUGCCGCCACCGAGGAGGAAGCUACCUACCUCUUCGAGAAGUUUGGCGUCCCCAAGGCUCGCAUCUUCUCGUCCACCGAUGACAGCUUCCUGAACAAGGUGCUGAAGGCGACCGGCGGAGAGGGUGUCGACCUGGCUCUGAACUCGCUGUCUGGUGACCUCCUGCACGCUACCUGGAAGUCCGUCGCCGAAUUUGGCAAGAUGGUUGAAAUCGGCACGGCAGACCUGGUUGGUGCCGGCAGCUUGGGCCUGGACUCCUUCCUGGGUGGUAGGACCUACACCGGCGUCAACCUCGAGGCUCUUGUUGCCAAGAAGAAGUCGGUCGUCAAGGGACUGCUGCAAUCCACUGUGAAACUCCUGACGUGGGGUAGCAUUGUGCCUAUCUCGCCUCGUGCCGUUUAUGAGGCUUCGGCCGUCGAGGAUGCUAUCAAGCAUGUGCAGGAGAGCAAGGACUCGAGCAAGGUUGUCCUUCAGCUCCGCGACGACAGGGAUGGCGCGCUCAAGAUUGGCGCCAGCCCCGUCAAGGUGGCGGACGACAUCUUCAAGGUCGACCCGACGGCGUCCUACCUGCUCGCCGGUGGCUUGGGUGGUAUCGGAACGGUGAUCGCCAGGCAUCUCGUCGAGAACGGUGCCCGCCGCAUCGUCUGCCUUUCGCGCAACCCCGGGUCCCGUGCCGAGGACCAGGACACGAUCCGCGAGCUCGAGAGCAUGGGCUGCGACGUCGUGCUCGUCAAGGGCGACAUGGUCAACAGGGACGACAUCUUCCGCGCCGUGCAGCAAUCGCCCAACCUCAAGGGCAUCCUGCACUCGCCCAUGCUGCUCCAGGACGAGGCGUUCCGCAACAUGACGAUCCAGCAGUGGAUCAAGGCCACGGGCCCCAAGGUGAAUGGAGCCUGGUACCUGCACGAGGCCACGCAGGAGGCCGGCAUCGAGCUCGACUUCUUCGUCUUCCUGUCGUCCAUGUCGGGCAUCACCGGACAGCCGGGCCAGGCCAACUACGCCGGUGCCAACACGUUCCUGGACGCCUUCGCCUUGUGGCGUAACAGCAACGGGCUGGCGGCCUCUUCCAUCGACAUUGGCGCCGUCGCCGACAUGGGGUACGCGGCCCGCGACCAGCAGCUGCUGCAGAGGCUCCUGAGGCAGGGUUACUCGGGCGUCACCGAGUCGGAGAUGAUCGAAGCCUUCCGGGCGGCCGCUUCCUACCCGAUUCCCGAGCUGGCCAUCGACACCAAGAGCGCGCCCUUCUCGCACCAGAACACCUUCGCCACCGGCUUCGGCUCCGACAAGUCCCUCAGCCACCCGGACAGCCGUCUCCACUGGAAGAAGGACGUCCGCAUGGCCAUCUGGCACAACAUCAGCGACGGCGACGUUGGUGGCGAGGGCGCCGGAGGUGAUGACUUCAAGUCCUUCCUCGCCGGGGCCAAGACCAACCCCGAGGUUCUCGGCAAGCCCGAGACGGCCAACUACAUCGCCCUGGAGAUUGGCAAGCAGCUGAUGAAGCUGCUGCUGAGGCCCGAUGACGACCUUGACAUUACUCUUCCUGUUCAGCAGCUCGGUCUUGACUCGCUGGUCGGCAUCGAGCUGCGGAACUGGUGGCGACAGACUCUCGGAUUCGACAUCAGCGUCAUCCAGCUUCUCGGCUACGGUACCCUGGAGGAACUUGGCAGGCAAGCUGUGAUUGGACUGACCAAGGCGACGAAAUGAUGAGUUUAACGAAUGGUUCCUGAGUGUGUGUUCUACAGAAUAGUGUUUCGAUGUUUCUGUGUCUCUUUUGUUUCGGUCUUUGGGCG